AUGGAGGCGGGGUGGAGCUAUGACGUGCCGACAAUCCUGGUAGGUGAGCUGAUGGCCUUCUUCAUGAAAACUGAUGGGACACAAGAGAAGACCAUCAUAAAGGCAGACAGUUGUUACUUCAACUCCUCGUUGCGCCGAAUUGUCCUCUUCCUAGGGGUCUAUUCCUUCCACCUCUUCACCACCAUCUUUGCCAAUGCUGGGCAGGUGGUGACAGGAAACCAGACCCCCCACUUCCUGUCCACCUGCCACCCCAACUACACAGCUCUGGGGUCCCAGUCCUCCCUGCAGUAUAUCACGGAGCGCUGGGUGUGCACAGGAAACCCCCUGCUUGUUGCAUCUGCCCGAAAAUCUUUCCCCUCCAAGGAUGCAGCCCUCAGUGUCUACUCGGCUGUUUACACUGUGAUGUACAUGACACUGGUGUUGAGUAUGAAGGGGACCAUGUUGACCAAGCCCACAGUGUGCCUGAUGCUGCUCUCCCUUGCUGUGCUGGUGGGUGUGGUCUGUGUGGCAGAAUACCGCAACCACUGGUCUGAUGUCCUGGCUGGCUACUUUACCGGCAGCGCCAUUGCUGUCUUCCUGGUGAGGUGCAUUCUGGGCCCAGGGCCUAUGAUGCCACUUCCCUAUAUGGAGAGUCCACUCGAAAAGUUAAGUGGCUCUCAAGUAACGGGUGGGGUGGUGGGUGGGGGUGUUGGGGGGGAUGCACAGGUCUGUAAACACAGGAAGGGGGACAUGUUCCCUGCCGCCUCUAGCCCCCCCAGCAUACCCUCACAUACCCCUCCCUCCUGCACAACUGCACCCCAGCUCUCCCCAACUUUGAGUCCUCUCCCCUCCAAUGAGACAGUAGACUGA